AAAGAGAGAGAGAGGAGAGAGAGAGAGAGUGAGAGAGAGAGAGAGAGAGAGAGUGGAUGUGUCGCAGAUUUUAAAAACUCCAGGAAAGCGGAGGGAGCUCGCGCUCCAGAGAAAAUGCUAGACGACGCAGAAGUGUCCUGAUAAAGAGCAGAAAAGGGAGAACAGGACAGACCGCGCAGAGACACGCGCGAGAAGAGAAACAAGAAAGAAAGAAAAGAAAAGAAAGAAAGCUAAACCCGAACAGAGUAAAAUAAAGAAGUGAAGAACUCGGCUGAGGAGGAGAGAUAUGGAGCUGUCAUCCAUCGGAGAGCAAGUGUUCGCCGUGGAGUCCAUCACCAAGAAGAGAGUUAGGAAGGGGAAUGUGGAGUAUCUGUUGAAGUGGCAGGGAUGGCCUCCUAAGUACAGCACAUGGGAGCCUGAGGACAACAUCCUGGACCCUCGUCUGGUUCUUGCCUUUGAGGAGAAGGAGGAGCGGGACAGAGCUCAGGCUCACAGGAGGAAAGGCCUGAGGCCCCGCAGACUCAUCUUACGGAACAUCUACACCAUGGAGCUCCGAAGUGCUCAGAAAUCCCCGGAGAAACCUGCUUCCCGAUUCCGCCUGUCUCUGGCCCGCUCCGUGGGGGCGGGACUUCAGCACAAUGGGCGGCGCUGCAGGACCAGCGAGGGCGGAGUCUACCACCAUCACCACCACCACUACCAUCAUCACCAUCACCGCCGCCUCCUGAAGAGCAGGAGCAAGGAGUGUGUGGCCAAACCGUCAGAAUGCGCUGAAUCGCCACGGCAACGAACACUGACCCCAGAGAAAGAAGCAGGGAGGAGGAGGAGGAAGAAGAUGAGGAGAACAAAUGGGAUGAAGAAGAUGAUCAGCAGAAGAAGAAGAAGAGGAGGAAGACACAAACAGACGAGCAUCAUGACAUUCCACACGGUACGUGCAACCCCAGGAGAUGACAGAAGGCCACGACCUUCAUCACAGGAACCCGUCAUCACGGACAGGAAACCAGAACUCUACAAUUCCUCCCCAGAGCGUAAGGCGGCGCCACCCGGCACUGAGACCGACCCGGCUACGAGAUCUCCGGAGCAGCCAGCGAGCGCUACUCCUCCACCUCCAAAUGAACAAAAGCCAAUCACAGACACCUCAGGAGGCGGAGUCUCCCCAGAUGAACCUCCAAGCGACCAAUUGCUGAAGAGCAGUUCAGGAGCAGGCGUGGUCACAGACAGGGUCCAGAACCGAGCCUCGGUGAUAACAGUGCGGCGUUCAAGUGAUCGGUUCACGUGGGAUGAGGAGAGGAAGGCGGGUGAGACAGACAGCAAGGAGGACAGGGGGACAGAGGUCACAGCCGAGUGCACUACGACCUUGAAGCUGAGAGCGGAGGUCAGAACAGAUGAGUGUCAAGCGUCUGAGAGCGAGCGGCAUCCCGGGAAGGUGAUCGUGACUAACGUGACCAUUAACUCACUGACCGUGACGUUUAAAGAGGCCAUGACGGCUGAGGGGUUCUUCAGCAGCUAUGGGCUGCAGGUCUGAGAGACGAGGAUGAAAAAACACACCAAAAGUACCUACUGUCAAACUGCUAACGAGUUUAGCGAAUUGGUUCGAGUCACGCAUGCUAGCCGGAAUUCGUUAGAAGUGUUAGCAUUUGAGGUGGAGUACGCCUUAUUCGCACCAGAGCGAGGAUUACACGACCAGCCAACAUGUCGAUCCGUCGAUGUAAUGACGCCUUUCGCUGUUUUUUGUUUUUUGCUUUACAGAUACUCGUCUACGGUUACCGUCUCUGUCCUUUCGUUUUUAGUGAAAAAACGUGAACAGUAGUCGAAGGAUUUCCGUGUUGCUGACAGUGACGCCUGUAAACGCAUGCAAAAAAAAAAAAAAAAAACAAAGAAGAAAAAAAGAACGUCGUUUCCACUUAACGCAUCGUUGGUGUUAACAGUUCCAGUGAAACGCAAAAAAAUGUAAUCGUGCAAGUCCUCGUGUCGGACGACAUCAUCACCCCAGCGUUUUUGCAGCCCUGCCCCCUUCUCCUCAGCCGUCUGGGAGUAGGUGAAGGUUUUUUUAGCCAGCUCGGGUUUUUCUCCGAGGCCUUGCUGCAUUUUUAACGAGUCUGUAUCGGUUCGCAUUACAAAUGCCACUGCAGGUGUAGGCUGCAUUCACAAAGCGUGGACAAAAAACCCCAGUGUGCUUUAGAUGUAUCUCUAGCAUGCGACAAAGUCGAGCUAAACUUUUACUUCGUGGUGAAAACGCAAAACAAAACAAAAAAACAAAACAAAACAACAAAAAAAACAAAAAAAGAGAAAACCUUAUAGAAAAACAUGCCGUUGUAUGACUUGUAGUUCACCUAUGGCAAGAUUACAUUUUUAUUUGUAUUUCCAAUAAAUACACUGAAGGAAUAAA